AAGCAUCCGACCGAUCUCGAAGCGGAGCUCGAAUCACUUGCCGCGCGUUUGCCAUUCCUGUUUUGACAGUGACGAGUGGAUCCGUGUGAUUUUUUAUGACGAGUGAGUUCAACGUGAAGUUCAGUGUGUGUACAAUUACUGGAAUGAUUUAAGAUAACCCAUUUCUGGAAUUAAAAAAUUAUUAAUUGAAACCAGUACGUGUGAUCUUCAGGAAUGAGGUUCUUAUGACUGAGAUUAAAACCCAAAAGUGAUUUAAUAUCUACCCCCCUUGAACCCUGAAUUUGAGUUUGGUAGUGAUUAAACACCGUAUAGAGAUAAUGACAAUGUGACACGUUUAAGUGCUGUCGUUUUAGCGAGAUUAUCUUCUAAAAGAAAUGAAAGAAGUGUAACAAUAGACUCUUUAGCUGAUGAUUAAUUGCCAAAGUGGAGUGAUCAGUGUUUACAAACCGAGUUGUUUUGCCUUCAGUGAUAUACUAACCGACGGACUGCUAUCGGUCGAUACAGUUGAACAUUCUCCUAAUAUCCAUAGAUCAAAUAAUACAUCUUUAGUCUAGAAUUAGCCAAUGGCAUCUAUCAAGAUGCAAGAGACUUAGGACCCAAUUGUUCCGAACAGCUUCAAAAUUCUUGAGAAGGGGUCUUUCUGGCAGAGCCUGGGCGUCACGCCACAUACGAUGAUGCCGCUCGCGCCGACGCCAAUUGUUCCUGUGCCUUCUAAGCCCAAAAUCGGCUUCAGCAUCGACUCCAUCGUCGGUGGUGGUCGGGAUGAUCGACUGGACCGGCUGGAGCGAGUGGAGAUAGAGCGCGAUGAUGGGAGUCCAAUGGAUAUCGUCGAAGGUUCCUCUUCUCCAAGGAAUCGACGGCUCAAUGCGAGAUCGCCUGGUGCUCACUCCGAAGAAUCCGAUAGGCCUCAUUCUAGGAGUUCCUCGGUGGAGUCAUACCCUAAUUCCCGACGGACACCCUCGCACAAUAGUCAUCACCUCCAUCAUCACCAUCAUCACCUAACUCUCGCCAAUCAUCUGGAUUACAGUAGAAACACCACACAUAGUCACAGCGGAGGGUCCACGCCUAACAACAGUCCCAGUCCGCCACACAGGAUAUCCCAUGGUGAUUCUCCUGUUGGUUCACAUCCCCAACCACCUCCGGGUGUCGUCAGACCUAGUCCAAAUUACCUCGCACCGCCUCCUGGUGCAGCAACUGCUGCAGCAGUUGCCGCGGAGCAGCUCAAGUCUCUUUAUGGAAUACCUGGUCAUGGUCCCACUGGGCCGCAAUCGGGUCAGAACGAAUACCAUUCGCAACAUUUGGCUCUAGCAGCGAAUAUUGCUGCAGCUCAGCAUUUCCAAGCGGCGAAUUUGGCCGUGGCCCUUCAGGCGCAUCAUGGUGGAUCUCCACAUGGACCUCCUCAUGGACCUUAUUCUCAUGGAGGUGGACCUGGUGGACCUCAUCCACCACCUCAUCCACACCAACCUCCGAGGGAUAGCUAUCCCCUGUAUCCGUGGUUGUUAUCCAGGCACGGGAGGAUCUUCCCUCAUAGAUUUCCUGGAGGUCCAGACAUUCCAGGAUUUUUGUUACAACCCUUCAGGAAGCCAAAGAGAAUACGAACAGCUUUUAGUCCAAGCCAAUUGCUGAAAUUGGAGCAUGCCUUUGAAAAGAAUCACUACGUGGUUGGUGCAGAAAGGAAACAAUUGGCUCAAGCACUCUCACUCACGGAAACACAGGUAAAAGUCUGGUUCCAAAAUCGACGAACAAAGCACAAACGAAUGCAGCAGGAGGAAGAGGCGAAGGCUCAGCAGCAAUCAGGAGGAAACAGUAAUAACAACGGCAACAAGAAUACCCACCAUGUAAGUAAAUGGCAGCAGGAAACAGGCGACUAUCAUCCCGAGGAGGAUGAAGAAGAGCACAUAGAUCCGGAAGCUGAUGAAUGCUCCAGCGGAUCCGAGGCGUAGCUAGACGUUCUCUGCCUGGACUAAAAGCCAGGAAAUGGAAAAGACUACAAGCUUCCAACGACAGAAGCUUUUCUUUAAUAAUUCUGGAUCGGGGUUUAGAGAUGAAUCCCAAAAAUUUUCGUAAUGAAUUAUUCCUCUUCUUCUGUGAGACGUUACAGAGAGUAGGGGAGGGCUAUGAAGGAAAUGAGUCUUCGAUAGUUUCGCAUAAACUUUCUCAUAUCGGAUGUCAGUUAAUGGAAGUAUUGUCUGCCGAAGAUGUCAGACGUUAAGAAGUGGUCGCAUUUCCGACCGGAAUUAAGGGAAUGAGAGAGGAGAAAGUCCGCCGCACAAGGAAGAUUUUAGGCGGUUUGAGCCUUGCUCUAGAUUCUAGAUAACUCUGUCCAACGAGAAAAUAAUUAAAAGAUGGACCGACUUACGUCCAGUUUGUGCAGCCUGUCAUAAAUAAUAGAAAAGAAGCAGGUGCCUCUUUUUUAUACGAUCUUUUAUUAAGUAAAAUUGACGCGCACGGUCCCUAAAGUGACAAAAAAUUUUAAUGCCUGCUUCAACAUUGGAUAUUUGGACCUAUAUGCAACUCCUUCCUUGGCAUUAUCUCCGCCCAAAUACAUAAAGGUGCUUGACCGUUGGUUAUUCUCUCGUUAUAGGUAUCUAGGGAAAGAAUUUCUUAAAGAGAAAUUUCUGCUGCAAAAUUUACCCCCGGAGAUGAUUAAAUUGAGAAAUUAGAAAGUUAAGAGGGGUAUGCUUCCAAAGAUUAGGACGCAUUCUAUGAUCGGUUAUGUAUAUAUACCUGAUAUAUGUACAUAUAUCUUGCCAUAAGUAACUCGCCAUAAAACUAUUCGAGUACGGACAGGUACCUGUACAUAUAAUAGACACUAAACGCGCCAGUUACGCGAAACGCGAAUGAAUGAUGUAUCGUCAUGUCGACUUGUAAAUAGUAAUACCAGGAACAAAAGAGGAAGAAGUUUAGGAGUUAGUAAAGAUAAAGCAGUGAGUGCCAAACUUGAUAUUUUAAACCCAGUGUAACGCGAUGUAUUUACAUUUAAGUCGUUGUUCUCGACGAACAGCAGUAUUCCUUUGUCAAUCGAUGUUCAAAUUGUACUGACAAGUUUUAUUAAAUUAUUAAAAGAAUCGAUUUCGAAUCUGCAUCCUGCGAAAGGGGAAUUUAUACUUCAACAUUCUGCUUGAAUGUAAAGCUCUAUUGAAUGUAUUUAUUUAUCAACGAAUCAAAAGGUACUAGUUCUUUUUUUAAUGUCGACAGACUGGAGGUAGAUAAGUAAAGAAUACUAUACCGUACUAGAACCUCUUAUUAUUAUAAAAUAUUUGACCAGAAGGUCACGACUUUCGCAAGUAGCUCUUUCGGAAUUGCGACUUAAUGCUUGUAUAUAAUAUGUAAAUAUAAAAUUGUGAUUUCUCUCGACGUACUCGAGGCAUAGAACUGUACGAUAAUAUCAAGAGACUCAGUUCGUGUUCUAAUGAUAGAGCGAAAUAAAUUAUAUCACCUCUCCAAGAUA